AUGAACCCCCCUCCAUCGCCUGGUGUCGGCCAACGCAGAAAAGGACCCAAAACUCUUCCGCGAUUGCCUCUAUCUGCAUUUUCGCCGCCCAAUUCUGGCACUUCUGAACGUUUCCCGCUUCCUCCAAGCCCCAGCACCGUUCAUCCUGAGUCGAUUGUUGAUGCUCAUGUACUUCUGACCGGCACUGACGCCACCCUUGCCGAUUGGAAGAAGGAAGCAGGCGAAGCACUUGGUGGUCGGGUUGGCGGACUUGUUGUUGCCCUCCCUGAUGGCCAGCCCGAUAAAUUGGUUGCUGAAUUGAAAGACUCGGGACUCCCAAUUGUCUCAUUGAUGCUCCCAUUCUCUCUCGAAAGCGCACAGCAUGAACCGUUGCCAUCGACCUCGUUCCCCACCUCCCUUUACACUACUUAUUCCAAGACUUCUCCUGAAGCGAUCGCCAGUCUUAAUUGGGCUCUUUCUCAGGGAAAGCCCGUCGACAUUGAUGUUCUUGCUGCUCUCCCUGAAACUGCGUUCGAAGGCCUGGAAGAAUUGCUUUCCAGAGCCGUUGUCGAUGUGCCCUCGGUUCCUCCGAUUGUCGUUUCGAGCUUCCUUCCUCCACCCCAUGAUCUGACUUUGUCGAUUGUCAAGCUGAUGAAGCACCCAUCGUAUCAAGAGUUCCAGGCCCAAGCGGCAGCUCUGUCCCUUUACCCAACUCUUCACGUCAAAUUCCUUCCGCCAGUUUGGGAUGCGCCAACACCAGCCACGCCAGUAGAUGGCGCUACGCCGUCCGAAGGCUCCAAAGCGCAGAACGAGUGGAAACGGCGAAUAAAGAUGUACCUUGGUCCCGUUAUCGAAGCGUUCGGCUAUGAGCGUAUCAUCUUUGGUUCAUCCCCUUCACCAACAUCAAAGAGCGCAUCUGCUGCCGGUGACUGGUAUGAGAUCGCGAGGGAAAGUCUAGCUGAGUUGGGUGUAGAACAGGAGGUCAUCGACGAUGUGUUCGCUAAAACCGCCCGGAAGAUAUAUGGGGCCUCUGCGUAG